CGUAAAUUGGUGAUAGUGAGCUGGCGCAGGUCACGGAGCAGAGCUGUAACGGUGCAACAUCUGAUGAUGAGGGUUCUGGAUUCUGGUUCUUGGCUCGCCCCAACGUUGCCAACACGAGUCGGUGGGUCAAACUCUUCACACAUCGACGAUUCAUUCAUUCGAUCGUCGAACUAGUAGCAUUGCCGCACGGUACCAUGACAAAGGGUUUUCUCUUCUGGAUUGUGCUUUUGCAAAGCUUCAGAGGGGCGUAUUGUCUGUUCGACUCUUUCUUCGGCAUCGGUGGUAGCACGGCGGGUCCUUGUGAGUCAGCCGGAAACAGCGAGGACAAGCUUGCCUGCCAAAUUGAUCUGAUUUAUCAGAGGGUUGCUUUGGCGGAUGGUUCCAAUGGCGAUCAGGGGCAAUCUUCUUAUUCGAGGUCGAAUGAUAUUGAACAGGGCAAACGGGCGCUGGACUGCGUGGCGGCCAUCGCCGGUCUUGACCUCGAGCAGCAAUUUGGUCGUAUUCGCGUUGCAAAGAAUUUGGUAAUGGAUCUGGUUCACGAAAACUACUUUGCAUCCUUGAAUCGAGACGACGAACGAGUGGACAGGAUCUGUCAAGUAUCUGAGCGAAGGCUCAACCUGAAAAAACAGCUCCUCCAGUCACAGGCAUCGUCGAGCAGCCAGAACACUGAUCCGGGCUCGCAUCGUCUGAGGCGUCGGCUCGGGGAUCCUGCUGUUCCCAUAUACCCCGCUAAAGUGUCAGUUCCGUAUCAAGUGUGGGUUGAUCGGUAUGUAAGUACCUACCUCCAGCCGUCGAGAUCAGGUGAUUCUACUACUAGAGAAAAGGACACGGAAGAACGCGCCGAUCUUGACCAAGUCACGACGUUGAUUCUAGAUCCCUUGAUCGAGGUCCGACAAAAUUCUGUAGACUCGGGCCUUUCGGUGGCCCGUGACGUUGUCGAAAUUAUCUGCUCUAUCCUCGGUUCAGUCGAGCUGGGUUUUGAUCCUGGUGACGCCUGCCGCAUUAUUUCGACAAGCAUACAACUCUCCAUAACUGUGAACGACGUUGCAAUGACGAGCUUGGAGAACGAGCUAUCCGAGGUCAACAUUCACAAUGUGCUCAUUGACAGCGCAGAAAUUGAAGCGGCCCACGAGAACACUCGCACUCUUGUAAGGGAUUUGACCCGAUGAGCGUUUAUUUGUGUUGAUGCCGGUGGUAGUGGUGGCGCUACCCGUACUGCAGCAUAGGUUGUUGCUCUAGAAUCCCAGUUAUCAUCAACGUUUCCUAGCUGCAGCUGACUCGUACUCUAUAGAGAUACAUUUAGUUUCCACUACUC